CAUAUUUUUGCACAUGUCUGUGCUCCUUAUCAACGUACUUCUUGAUAUGCAUGUCUCAGAUUGCUCCCUGUAAAUGGUGAUACGAGUUUACACACUUAACACAUAAAAAUAGAAGUUUAUGGAGAGUCAGUUAUUUGUGCGUUUGUGGAUUGUCAUUCCACACCAAAGUCCAAUAAAACUUUCUCAAUCGCCACGCCUAAUUUGCUUCGGACACUGACCUACCAUCGAUCGGACAUUAGACCUGCACAUUACCUGAGGGUAUGUUUCUUUAAUAUUCAACUGAUUCUGUCAUCUACCUUACGUGCCUCCAGUACGGGGCAGUGAGAUUCAACUCCAAGACUGUAGCGCGCAGAUUCAGCAGGGUCAAUCAGCUAACCAAAAGACGAACGUAUACGCACAUGAGCAUGGCGGGUCUGCCUUUGUUGAUCGGUAAAGAAGAUGUUGCACGACUCCUCCGUUAUAAAGACUUGCUUCCAAAACUGGAAGUUGCUCUUGGACAGUUUUCCAAACAUGACAUCUCUGAGGUGAUCCAACCAGUCCGGACUGUGGUCCCUUUAACCAAACACAAUGGAUUCCUGGGAUUAAUGCCGGCAUAUAUGGUUCACGAGGAUAUUUUAUGCACAAAAAUGGUGGCAUUCUAUAAGCGAGAGCAGGGCUCGACUUUACCCUCUACCCAGGCCACGGUGAUGUUGUUUGAUCCCGAAAGUGGUUGUGUUUUGGCAGUCAUGGAUGGGGAGGUAAUAACUGGUAUGAGGACAGCUGCAGCAUCAGCCAUUUCUGCUAAAUUUUCCAUGCCAGUCCAAUCAGAGGUGCUGUGUAUCCUGGGCUCCGGCCACCAAGCCAUCAGCCACUAUGAGGUCUUCACAGAAGCCUUUACUUUUAAACAGGUGCGUGUGUGGAGCCGGAGGAAGGAGAGUGCAGAGCACUUUGCCAGUGCAGUCCAGGGUCCUGUGACCGUUUGCUCCUCUGCUAAAGAGGCGGUGGAGGGGGCCGAUGUCAUAAUCACAGUCACUGGUGCCAGCCAGCCUGUCCUGUUCGGGGAGUGGGUCAAGCCUGGUGCCCAUGUCGCUGCGGUGGGUGCCUGCAGCCCAGGUUGGAGGGAGCUGGACGAUGUGCUGAUGAAGAAAGCCGUGGUGUAUGCAGACAGCAGAGAGGGAGCGCUGAAGGAAUCUGGAGACGUCAUCCUCUCUGGGGCCCAAGUAUUUGCUGAGAUCGGGGAGGUCAUUAAUGGAACAGCGCCAGGCCACCGUGAGAAGACCACAGUGUACAAGUCUCUGGGGAUGGGGAUUCAGGACGCGGUGUCUGCCAAGCUGGUGUAUGACCAGUGGAAGAGUCAGGGGGGUGAUGCUGGCGUCACUCACCCAGUGAAAAAAUCACCUCUAUAGGUAUUUUGUUUAGAGUCCAUUCCUUUAAGUAAUUUUGCCAUAGACCUUUGAAGUUUGCCUACAAAAAAAGCUAAAAUCUUUGCCCAUAUAAGGAGAUCCGGUAUCUUGCCAUUUUUCCGAUGGGAAAAUAACAUUAGGGGUUUGAAUUAUAGCACCUGUUAAACUUUCGCUGGGACGAAGACAAAAGCAAACAAAAGAUUGUGCAAGUACAGUAAUUUCCUGCAUAUAAGCGACAUUGUGUAUAAACCAAAGGACAGUGCUUCAUGCAAGUUAAAAUAUACAAAACCAUAUUAACUGCCCCCCUGUAUUAACCUCAUAGCUUAAGAAAUUUAGCAAAAUCAAUGUAUAAGCCAUGGCUAAUAGUCGGGAAAUAUACACAACUGUCUUGUGGAUACUGUGACCUUUGGUAUGUUAAGAUGGCAAACUUUGAUUUUUGCUAUCCCAGAGCUGACUAGCAAUAAAACUUGCCAUAGGUAGCUUCAGUUAAAACCCUGAUCUCCCCUUAUGGUCAAAGAUGGCAGCUUUGGUCCCUUUUUGUUGGUUAACUUUGUUUGUCUAUGGGACCUACAUCAGAAAGCACUGAUUUUCUACUGGCCUUUUGUAAUGUGUGGGUCUGUGUGCAUCUCCUUAUUAUGGUCACCAGACCAAGACACACAUAUACAGCUCAGACAAGUGAACUGCACUGUUGGUAGCCAUCUCUGUUUGUAGUUGCUCUCAGCAAUCCAAUUAAAACGCCUGUUAAUGCCUGUGAUUCUC